AUUUACAUGGACUAUAGAGAUUUUAAUAGUUUUGCUAUGUUUCAUCUUUUUCAACCCAACCCAACUAGGAAAAAACUGAAAUUUCCAACCCAAUUCGUUUAAUUUACACCCCAGUUUCAAUUUACUUGUAAUAUUUAAAAAUGUCUACAAAAUUUGCCAAUUGAUAACUUGCAUUUUAAGUUAUGUACAUAUGCAUUCAUGUAAGAUUAGUUUUUUCAAAAAAACUUGUACUCAUAUUAUGUGGUCAUAAGUUAACAAUCCGAAGCAAAGGGAAAACCAAUCACAAACAACACAUAUACUGAAUCUCUAUUUGUAAGUUUUCAGAGUUGAAAACCAAUUUGCAACCACAUAUCCCAUCACCUGGUUCACAUUCACAAGGACGCCCCCUCUCGAACCUUCUUCGUCUUCUUCCUCUAUCUGUUUUAAACCCACGUCCCAUCCAUGCAAACCCUCGCUGAUUUUCCCGGCCAAAAUAAUGUCCGGCGGUGCUUGUUGUUACUAUUCUGUUCUUGGACUCUCUAAGGAAGCUUCUGCCGAUGAAAUCCGAUCAGCUUACCGUAGACUAGCCAUGAAAUGGCAUCCCGAUAGAUGGAUCAAAGACCCCGAAAUGGCCGCUGAAUCCAAAACUCGGUUUCAGCAAAUUCAACAAGCUUAUUCAGUUCUAUCAAACAAAGGAAAAAGAAGCAUAUACGACGCCGGAUUGAUUUCAUUUCUAACAGACGAUGAUGACGAAGGAUUCUGCGAUUUCAUGAUCGAAAUGGUAUCGAUGAUGAAGAGCACAACAGAGCAGGGGAGGAAGAAGAAGAAGAGAAAGAACAGGUUGGAGGAUCUAAGAAGAUCAAUAAAUGGAGAUGAUGGGAGCUGCUGAGGAAUUAGGGAUCGGCUCCGGAUCUCGUCCUCGAUUCACUUCACCACAUCAAAUUUUUAGCACUUAACAUUCUCUCUAAAUUUAUUUUGAAUGUUGUUUAGAAGCAAUUAACUUAUAAUUUAGUACAUAUUUUCAAUUAUAUUUUGUAACCAUUUAGCUUUAAUGUAUGAGAUUUUUCACGGUGUGUAUUAAGUUGUCA